GAAACCUUUUGGCUGUCCAUGUGAGCUGCUUAUUGCCAUUUUCCACACGCUUCAAAGCUAAUAAGCUUUUGUACAAAAGCAUUUGCCCAUACCCCCAAUCAUAUAACUCUCUUUUCCUUUGCUUUCAACCGUUGCACUGUAUUUUUCCUUUCAUCUUAUGUGCCUCCACUGGCAAUGGUCAAUACUGUUUGUUUGCUGAGAAAUUUUGGAUUUGUAAGGUAAUUUCCCUUCCCUGACUGCUUUACCGCAAGGAAUCUUAGCCCGUGAAGGCACUGGCAUUAUUUAAAGGUCUUUCUUUUCCUUGCGUUUUCGCUAUAUAUGGUACAGAGCUGAGAGGGAGGACAUCUAGUGGAUGUUGCAAAACCAAGUUUAAGUUUUUGGGGAGAUAUGAAGUGAAUUUGCAAGCGAAGAUGAAAUCUUUCAGUGGAUUAGGGAUUGGUUUAAGUUUGGUUUUUGGUUGUCUUGUACUGGCUCUUGUUGCGGAGCUUUACUAUUUGCUAUGGUGGAAGAAGAGAUUUGCUAACUCUGAAGUGGAGUACGAUUACACCAACCAGGCAAAGGAGCUUUUUCAACUCUUCUGCUGGAAGAAACCAUCAGCUUCUUUACAUGCACCCACCAUCACCAUCACCAACUGCAACCAGGAUGCCAAUGGUGUGGAGCCAGACCUCGAGCUUGGGUCGACCAAGGGUUUGCUGCUAAAGGGUUUUGGAGAAGAGGGUGUUGAAUCAGAGCUGAUAAGGCUCUACAAUCUUGCUGGUCACCUAGAUUCCUCUUCACCAUCAAAGAGGAACCAAGGAAGAUUUGGAGUCCGAAGAUAAAGGGUCAAGAAGAAGGAACUUGAAUGAUGUUAUGCUGCUGCCUGUCGACACUCCUUUUCAUACUCCUUUGGCUUCUCCCCCAUUGAAGUCACCUUUAGGUUCUUAUUAUCAGCCCCAAGGAUUCAAUCCUCUCUUCGAAUCUUCCACGGAUGCCGAGUUAAAUAAGCUGAGAUCUUCAUCUCCUCCCAAAUUCAAGUUCUUGAGGGAUGCAGAAGAGAAACUUUUAACAAGGUUGGCAUUAGAAGCUGAGAAAAUGGUACAAAUCAGAAGGGACAAUGCAACAGAAGGGACGAUAGUAGAAGGGUCUUUCCUUAAAUUCAUCGCUGGUAAGAAGAGGGAACCUCCCCAGUACUUACAACAGUAUCCUUCAAGUUCUUCUCAGGUGCUGCCACUGUCUUCUUCUCCUACAACAUUCAGACCACCAGACAAGAAAGACACUCUGCAUUAGAUCCCUGUUAGAUGAGUUCCUUUUCUUGUUAUUUUUUUCUUCUCAAAUUAUUCUUUUAAUUACCAAUUCAUCUUGAAUUAAGACAAAAUCAAAAAUUUCUAAGAUUGAUGUUUAGGGUGUUGGUUUGGUUAGUUAAACUACCAUCCCUUCAUCCUCUCCACUGUAUUUUCACGAGCUACUGAUUUGCGGAAAUGGUGUACAGCUAAUCUUUUUUAA